CACGUGAUCCUACCAUGGGCGGGCCUCUAUAUAAGCGUUGCGCGGGCGGCGCCUCGGCCGCAUUUUCUGUCGCUCCACAGACUGAGCUGUGUUUCUACUUGUUACCAUCAUCAUGUCUUCUGAAGAAGGAAAACUCUUCGUUGGAGGUCUGAAUUUUGAUACUGAUGAACAAGCCCUGGAGCAGCAUUUCAGUUCUUUUGGUCCCAUUUCUGAAGUUGUUGUAAUCAAGGACAAAGAAACACAGAGAUCAAGAGGCUUUGGCUUUAUCACCUUUGCAAAUCCAGAGAAUGCUUCUGAUGCCAUGAGAGCCAUGAAUGGAGAAUCUGUAGAUGGGCGGCAGAUCAGAGUUGAUCAUGCAGGGAAAUCUUCCCGUGGAUCCAGAGGAGGGUACUUCGGAGGCAGGGGGAGAGGCCGUGGUUAUUCUCGAGGUGGUGGAGACAGAAGCUAUGGUGGACGCUAUGACAACCGAAGUGGAGGUUACAGUAGUUCCCGGGACUACGGGAGAAGUCAGGGAGGCUAUAAUGACCGCUACUCUUCAGGAGGAUCUUACAGAGACAACUAUGAUAACUGAGCUCACACCGAGUAAAAAUCCUUCCUGAAUCAAGAUCGUCCUUCCAAUGGCCGUAUUUAUAAAGAUUUUUGGAGCUUCGCUGAAUCUUGUUUAGUUUACCUACUUGUAUCUUCCCCUAUAUAGCUUUUGUCACAUGCAGUCUGAAAGCUUCCUCUGCAAGAUGGUCUGUUUAGACAUUGCUCGAGAGUUGAUUUUUUCAAAGGUGGUUUUUAAGCAUUUUUGAAAUCCAGUUUUAUUUGUCUUGCCUUUUCAAUCUAAGGUUUCUUUUAACUUGUCACAUGAGGCCCAGCAGCAUAAAAGCGAUGGAAGCAGAGAACUUACCUUUUUUGGAAAAAAGCAAAACAGUUCUCAAAGUUCAGUCCUUGGUAUAGCAAGGGGAUGUGACAAAGGCACACUACCUUGGUAUUACUACAAAGUUAAAUGAUUCACAUUGGCAAUUAGUGAAAGCUAUUUUACUGUAAAGUAAACCUAGAAUUCAAAACGUUUGAGAGGUUCUUGAAAAUGUUUGUUUAUAUUGUCCUUUUUUUACUGGAAGAAACGUGCAUAAUUCUCAUUGUAUUUGAAGUGGAUAAGGAAGUUCCUGUACUGAGUUAUUGGCUUUACGAAGCCCAUUAAAAUCCCAUCUGAAACAA